GGUAAACAUGUUAUUAUGGCAGAGCAGAAGAAUUGUGAUGUAAAACAGGUUGUUAAGGAUGAAAUAGUGGUUGCUAAUGCUGAAGAUGAAGAGAACGAUUCUGUUGAAGAACAAGUUAAGGAAUUAGAGAAUCGCCUUCUACCUAAUAGCACGGCUGAAACAAAGAAGCAGAAACCGCCCGGUGUCAUGUCAAUUUUGUGUCUUGUGGCCUUGAAGAGACGUCUGUGGUUGUUGCCCAUACUGACGUCAGGAUGGCUCUUCUCGUCGUUUUGGACGUCAUAUGCAAUAGCUGUGUCCUACAAUCACACAGAGGCAAACUUCCCUUACAUCAGCCACACGGCUAUAGAAGCCCCAGAGAGAUGUGUGUUUGGUCAGAUGGUCAAUAUAGGGGCUGUUAUGUUGGGAAUGAACGUUAUCCUGAGAUACCUAUUUUGUAAGAAUUAUCUCCGCAUUAAAUCAACGCCGCCGGAAGACAAAUGGUACAAAAUCAAUUUAGCGGGACUCGUCCUUGGAAUACUGUCAGCAUUCGGCCUCAGUAUGGUUGCUAACUUUCAGACCGAGGUUCAGCGAGUACCACACUAUAUCGGAGCAGGGCUGGCGUUUGGGCUUGGAACUGUGUACUGUUGGUUCCAGACAGCACUAACGUACCAAGUGAGGUACAAGUUUAACAGAAAGAAAAUUGUGCUACUGUUAGUCCAGUUUAUCAACAGUGUCAUCAUGUCAAUGAUGUUGGUGCUAUUCGGUGUAACAAAGGCCAUUUACAAAGUGCAAAAGGGACAGGGAAAAGGAACAAAGUGGGAUGAAUUACGCGGCGUCUACCUGACCUCUACAAUAACAGAAUGGCUCUUGGCUUUGUCCAUAUUGACCUUUACCCUGACAUAUGCUCCAGAUUUCAAAAAUAUGAGAGUGGAUGACCCGAAUAUAUACUUUGAUCACAAAUUUGAGAAGAAACAUUCAAGUGUAAACUUAGAGAAAAUGGCCGACAAUAAUAGAAAUAUUCCCACAGCCGAUGUGAAAACCAUGGAAGAAGGCCGGACAGAGGAAGACAGUCAUGUGUCCAAAGGUCUAUCUGUCGUAUCGAAUGGAACCACUUGAAAAUGUCAUCUGGAAAAUUCAGGACACAAAAGCGCUUGUGAUAAUAUUUCUACUUAAUUCCAAGAAAUGUAAUGUGCCUCCAUUUGCAAUACAGGGUGUCUGUGUUGUCUCUAACUGGCUAGAAAUGCACGUGAAAAUGGUGAGGAACCAAAAUUAAUAGUCCAGUUGGACCUGUACGGAGUUGGAACCAUAAAUGAAAGGAUAGAAAAGUAAAUGGUUUAAUACACUUAUGAACACCAGUUAUAGAAUUUUAUAUCAAUGCAGACUGGAAGGUGAAAUCAUUGUAUCAUGUGAAAGUGUGUUCAUUCGAGGAUAUAUAUUUCUGGUGCUAUAUAAACAUCCUGAAAAUCAUAAAUUACCUCUGACAGAUAAUAGAAUAGCCUAAUAUAUAAUGUACAAGAGUUGUACAUAUAUGUAAUUUAUAUUAGCUAUGGUUUAUAGUUCAACAGCUGCCUGGAAAUAUUUAAGUUAAAUUCGUUCUUGAUUAAGUUAGCUCUAUUUGUCUGCUGUAUAGGCUACUUGUUUGGUGACUCUAUUUCUUGCUUACAUUCUACACAUAUGUUACACCUUUUUAACCAGAAAAAUCACAACACGGCAAAUGACAAAAAUCUCCUUACAUUUUGAUCAACUGUAUAUAUAUAUAUAUAUAUUCUGUGGCGUUAGACGUUGCAAAAUUCAGUAAAAUAUAUUUGUAUUUAUUCAAGGAAACAAUCCGAGCAUGUCUUAUUUGGGUGCAGUAUGUUGGUUUGUGAUAGACAAUGCCCUUUUUUUGCUACAAAUGUCCUAUCCAUUAUAAAUCAUCGAAUAUUUUCUGAAUAAAAAAUUUCUCAAGACGGCGUUCCACAGAUAUAUUGAAUUAUACAACACAAAUAUCAUUUUAGGACAUAAUAUACUGGCCAUUAUGGACAAGAAUAUGAUUAAAGUCAUGGAUUAAAGGUUUUUUAAAGUUACAAGUUACAAAGUUUCAGUUAUCACGGAACUGUUGAUGUAUACGACACUCGUGUUAUUUUAGGACAUAUACAUGACAUUUUAAUUAUAAAUACAGAGACAUAUAAAAUACAAAAGUAGUAUGAAAUGAAUUUGGCAACGUUUGACACGCCAUAAUGCCAUAAUAUUUAACACUUUGCGUAACUCGUGAUAACUUUAGUAGAGAUAGAAGCUGGGCCUCUCUGUUAUUUUCAGUUUGUAUAUGUAUAUCACUGUCUUCCAAAUUCUCAUUACAAUUUACUGUAACGCAUUAUAUACUAACAGUUGAUCUGAAAUGUUGUUUCUGUACUUAACGUUGUCAGUUGUUCGAAGAAUUGAGCGACUGCGGUGAAAUUUUGAUUCAAAAUGUUAGCCUUGUAAAGACUUUUUAAGUUCUUGACUGAUACAUGUGUUUUAGUAAGUCUUCUAAAAUGUCAAAAUGUAACCCUAGAAGUUAAUCAACCGCUAGCUUUAUCGCCUGUCAAAAUUUCGAACAAUUGGGUCCUUGUCCCUUUUGAUGUGAUGACGUACAUUUAAUAAUGUCCUUGUUUAUUUGAUACUGCUGUUUUUCCUUUUUAUCCUGCUGUUCAAAAGUGCACUUACAUGCUUUUUUGCAUUGUUUCAUUUACAAAUGGUGCUUACGCAAUAUCUAUAUCAUUUUUUUGUAUUCUUUACAUACUUUUACCUUAUUUUUCAAAUUCUGCCUAUAUAAAUGUUUGAUGUUUUGAGUUUGACGAGUGUCUCAAUAGCCUAGAUUACGUCUCCCAUUCAAACCUGACUCGUUUUCGAAACUGUCCAUACUUUGUAUUUCGACUUCUUAUCUAGUGUUGAGUUACAAUACCUAAGCUGAAAAUACUGACUUUAAAACAGGGUUCUGUCCUCAUUAUUAAAACACCUUUUCAGUAUGUUUUGCCUAAACUUAGCUUUAAGUUUCUCUCUUUUUUAAAGAAUUUACAUAUUUCUGGCUGUUUUACAUUGUGACAUUUCUCUAUUUAUAAAUGCGAUACUUAAAUGCGUGUGAUGUUAAGAUGAUUGUAUGUAGUGUCUAUUUUUAGAACAGUUCCAUCGAUGAGGAUUUCAUAAAUAUUAUAUAUUUUUUGUAUGUUUCUAUACAUAUGUUAUGUUUGGUCUGUUUUCAUUAAUUCUAUGUCAGCUAUGGCGAUGUUGAAAGCGAGAAUGUAUAUAUAGCGAGAUGAAC